ACUACCAAGGUGUGUAUAUUUAAGGCGAUAUGUAUAUACAUAAGUUGUAUACAUAAUGUCAAAAGUUAUGCUUGACAUCCUUGAACAAACACUUGAACUUAUCACAGGAUCAAUAAAAGUACUGUUAUAAAGUUACAAAUAUAGCACAUUUGCUGACUAUAAGGAAGAAAGAACAUUAAAAGCGAAAGGAUAUUACAUUAAUUCAUAUAAGUCACUAUAUAAGAGAAACUGAAAGAAAGUGUUACAGCAUGAGGAACAAUUAUGUUCAAUGUUUGUGUUUACUUCUUUUAGUAUCACCAAUAUAUAUUUCAUUGUCAGUAAAUGGAGAAACGGGUCAUUUAAAAAUAGGAGCCUUCAAUGUGCGAAUAUUUGGUGCCAGUAAAAUGGCGAAGACCAGCGUGGUAAAUGUGCUUGUGGACAUAAUAAUGAGGUAUGACAUCGUUCUUAUACAGGAAAUACGUGAUGCAUCUGGAGAUGCAAUAGAACAGCUGCUAGAUAAAAUCAAUGAAAAAAGUCCUGAAAACACAUUCGCUAUGAAACUUAGUCCGAGACUUGGGCGAAGCAGUAGCAAAGAACAGUACGCCUUCCUCUAUAGAGAAAAGUCGGGCUUAAAAAUAGAUCGUGAUUAUGUAUAUGAUGAUGGAGAUGAAACACUAAAUACGGACACAACUAAGGUUGAUACAUUUGAAAGAGAACCGUAUGUUGUUUUGUUUGAGUCUUCAGCAACAAAGUUAAAACGAUUUGCCUUUGCAGGUUUGCACAUUGCGCCGUCAGACGCAGUUAAAGAAUUGCAAGCACUAGAAAAUGUGUUUGAUGAUAUUAAAACAAAGCUGAACAUCGACGAUAUAAUGAUUAUGGGGGAUUUCAAUGCGGAUUGUUCCUAUGUUCCAAACUACAAAUGGGAAACUAUACCGAUAAAAAGUAAUCCGUCAUAUACUUGGUGGAUAGGCGAUGAGGCCGAUACAACGGUUGCAAAUACCAAUUGUGCGUAUGACAGAUUCGUGUCCACAGGUCAAGGGUUCGAAACAGGUGUGGUCAAUGGCAGCGCCAGUGUGUAUACAUUCGAUAGAGCUUUUCAGUUAAACCAAACAUUUUUAUUAGAUGUUAGUGACCAUUAUCCUAUAGAAUUUGAGCUUAUAAACGACUCGGAGACAAGUGAUGCCCAGCAAGACUGUGUGUCUAACAUGCUAUUAUUAGUUAUACAGUGUGUGAUAUUACGUCGUCAAUUUUACCUUUUAAAAGUAUUUUAACUUUAAUCGAUUUUAUUUGAUAAAUGCAAUAGGCAUUUUUUUAUGUAAAAAAAAAAUGAACAUAGGCAAAUCCAUACUUAAAGAAAGGCUAACAUUUUUCAAAUGCUUGUUUUGAGGGUGCAUAAUUAACUAUUUUCAAUCUGUCAGUUUGUUCAAGAAAUGAAGACCAAUUUUUAUUAGGUAAGAGGAUUCAGGAUUGGGAUAUAAUGCAAAUAAAAUAAAAAAAAUAUAAAGAUAUAAAGCUCUCAGGCUAAUCAACGUGCAGCUUGUAAGAUCUGUUGACAUUUUACUGAAGCACGGAUGCAGUGAACAAAACGAGCAAAUAAAUAAACACAGUUGGCCGCCUUGGAACUUUGCACAUUUCAUCAGACUCGAUAAAAAACGAGUCAGCUCUGCUAUUACUUUGCUUUGCUGGCUUUCUUUGCUGCCCGUAAUAAUAAAUGCUGUUAUUCGUUCCAAGGAGAAACAAACUGAGACAUCAGACUGGCAAUGGAAGCAUUGACAUGUUUUUAUUUGUCAUAUCUACUAAUGCAUUUUCAUUCAGUAAGGCGGAGACAUUAUUUAAGUAUCAAUUUUAAUAAGUCAAAUCAAAUUUAUGUGUCUUUAAAUGAACAGCGCAAAUAAAACCAUCUUUCAUCAAAACAUUAUAAAAUUCGCAGGCCUUUCUGUUCAUACAAAUAAGAAGCAGUUUGUUUUAUUAACUUCUAUUAAUUUAUACAAAAGGCCAUAAUAGGCCUAUGUCGCUCACCUGAGGAGCAAAGUUUAGUCAAUAUCCUUUAAGCAGUUUAUUAAAAUUUAUUUAACGUUU